UGGAGGCUAUGACGAUAUCAGUGGGGAAGAUCAUGUUGGGCGUUCUUGGAUGGAUCCUGCUCGGGGCUGGGUACCUGUUCACCAUCGGCCUGCUCGCGGUGCCAUACUUUAGGCUCAAGGAGCUCUGGAUUGCAGAGCAGGGCGUGGAUCAUCUGCCAGUGAUGUAUCUGCUGUCGCUGUUCAACUCACUCACCUGGGUAUGCUAUGGCUGGCUGCCGCCGCACAAGUACGCAGUGCUCAUCAUCUGCGUUGUCGGCGCCGUGGUCCAGCUCGUCUACACCAUCUGGUACAUUAUCAUUUGCGCUCGCCCUGGUGGAAAGAUCGUCACUGCUUUCUUUCUCGCUGUGGUUCUGCUCACUUGGGGAGGCCUGGCCUUCGUGAUCUUCUUCUCUGAUGGUGGCCUCUUCGGUAGAGGACCAAACUCCCUUGAUAGCCUUGCCACAUUCACAUCGGCUCUCACAUACCUCGGCCCACUUACUGACACGCUGGUGGCCCUCUGUACUGGCGACCAUGCGCGGAUGUCUGUCCCAGUCAUCCUUCUGUCCCUGGGCAAUGCGGUGUUCUGGGGAGAGUAUGGAAGGGUUACAGGCCAGCGGAUCAUCCGGAUCGCGAACGAGGUUGGCCUAGGAAGCCCUAUACUCCAGCUCGUAGCCUACUUGGGGCUGAGGCAUAACGAACUUCACCAGAUCAUCUAUGAGGAGAUACCUGAGUUUUACGCCCAGAUGAUUCAGUUUGUGUCGCAGUAUGUUUUACUCCGCCCUGAUGAGAAUGAAGACGACGACCAAGCUGAGUGA